ACAUCAUCUACAGCUGUGAUUUAAUAUGGACAGUUUGCAAUUGGUUCUCGUGGUCAUUUUUACAUUCGUUUGCGGUGUAAUAUGUACCUUGGCGUUGCAGUUUUAUUUGUUCAAGAGGUAUUUGGAAUCAGGACCUCAGGCUGCUCCGCCACAGAGACAGCUGCAGCAUGGCAAGACGCAAUUACCUAAAGAACUGGUGGAACAGAUGCAGGAGGAACGGGCAAACUCCAAUAAUAGUAUGGCCCGACAGGCGAUGUCUCAGGGUAAUGAGAAUUUGGCUAUAAAUCUUACGCUGCAAUUCCUCUUCAACGAGUUGCGAAAUGCCGAGCGAGUGCGUCUGUGGCUUUAUAGAAAAUUAAAUAAUGAAUUCAAGGAGCUUCUAACGCAGUCGACUACCGCCAAGUUAUUAGACAGUGUGAAAUUAAGAGACUUGAACCUUGGCACGCAAUUUCCGACGAUAAAGGGUUUGGAAGUCGCUGAUUCAAAAAUUGAUGCCGAUACAGGUUUGCUGGAGUCUCUGGACUUGGCCUUAGAUUUACAUUACUCAGGAAACUUUCAAUUGUCUAUAGAUGUUAAGAUGCUGCUCGGUAAAACAGCCUAUAUGGCGCUGCAAGUAAAGCGUAUCAGUGGUAAAGCUAGGCUGCAGUUUACUCGCGUACCGUACACGCAUUGGUCAUUGAGCUUUUAUUCUGAUCCGAUCUUGGAGCUGGAAGUACAAUCACAGUUUCAAGGUCGUCAGUUACAGCCACAGAUAAUUUCAAUCAUUACUAGUCAGAUUAGAAGAGCGGUGAAGCGGAAGCAUACUCUACCUCGUUAUAAGAUGCGUUACAAACCAUUUUUCCGAAGAUUGAACGACGAGGCUGUGGAUCUCUCAGAAGUUGCAAGUACUCAGCUCACUCCAGGAUAUUUGGAGGUCACACUAUUGGAAAUUAGCAGACUAAAUCUCGCACCUAUCCUUCUCAAUAACGGCGAAGAUGUAUCGCAGAUAGAAGUAUAUUGCACCAUGAGCAUAGAUUCCACCCCUUGGAUUUAUUUAACGCAGUAUAAUGGGAUUCCAUAUAUGGUGCUAGACUUAAUCAUCAGUAAAACGGGCUCUCAGCAGUUGGGUGUAGUGUUCAAGCAAGAAAUUGUAUCAGAGAUCGGCCAAAUGUGUGUACUAGUUGAGACUAUAGUAUCCGGCAGUCCGGCGGCGAUCGCUGAAAUGAGAAAGGGCGAUAUUUUGGUAGCAGUAGACAGCAAAAAAGUGUCGAACAUGAACCAAGUAGCGAAAUUUGUCAAGUCUGCUGUACAGCGACGUUUCAUUAUCAGGGUAGAGAGACGGUAUUCGAAGGCAGAUUCGAACGAGAGAGGACAAAAACCAGAUAACGAGAAAAUGCUUUUCGCAGAAAGGAAGACUUCGAAGAGUGAUUCAGUGGGUAAGCUAGACAGCCCGAGCGUAGAAGACGCCGGAAAGAUGAAAUUUGAAACACAAAUCAAGUUCUCUGAUCUACGAGAUUCUGACACUGAUCUCAUGGAUACCCGGUUGGAAACUAACAAGCUAUUCAAGAGAAGAAAAAGCAGCAUUCAGACAGAAGAAAUCGCCCAGACACCGGAUACUACGCCGUCUCGACGAAUCUCAACGAUCUCCACGUCGUCGGUAUCAUCCAGCAAUGUUCAAUUUUACCUUCCGGACGAUAGUAGCACAAAUAAUAUUGCUGAUCUGUAUCACAACACGAAAGAAAAACCGUAUACCUCUCUGAUUAUCUUCGAAGAGACCAAGAGCUUCCGGAUUGAUUCUGAAUUGCAAUAUUUAAAUGUAGGUGUAUGGGGCCGUGUGAAGGGCGGUGAAACACCACCGAAACUGCUAGGCUACAUAAAUGCACCUGUAAAAUUAAUCCUGUCGCAAUGUUGCACUUCCACGACUGGACAUUACUUAAAAUGUCAUGCUUUGUUGCCUCCAGAUAGUGCUUCUUUAGCAACGUCGUACGUAAGACUGCAGGGUUAUUCGGGAUUCGAUCCAACACUCUGUUACGGCGACAUCCUGCUAUCGUAUGUAUGGGAAUCUUGUCAACCAAGCGAUCUCACAGUCAACGAUAUUGGAAAGAAAGAAAACGCAGAAACUGCCAAAAUUCAACCGAUUCCAAGUGAAGAAAUCACUGACAAAAAGAUGCACGAUUUCAUCAGGACGCAUUUUCACAGAGCAACACACUGCGAUUUUUGCACGAAAAAGAUUUGGUUAAAGGAUGCAGUACAGUGUCGAGACUGCGGCAUGGUAUGUCACAAAAAGUGCGAGGCACGUUGUCAGGCGUCUGGCACCUGCGGUGCAGAAAGUCUAGCAACCUUGGCUCUGGAGGCGGACGAGAUCGUCGUCGGCGAACCAAACGUUGGGGAUAUCUCUAGCCCGGAGAUCUCUCUGACUGAAUGCGAAGAUAACGUACAGGGCGCAAGUAUGAUGGCCGUGAAGGCUAGUAUAGCUAACACUCUAUUGGGCCUGAAGAAGGCUGGAAGUACCAGUUGCUUGGCCCCACCGGCUUCCGGUAUUGGUCUGGCAUCUCGAAGUCUCCCUCCAAGUCCCUGUGCAUCCCGCAAGAAUUCAUUGGCUGGAGGUCUGGGAAUAAGUCCUGACCUCUUGGAGGGUGCUGAGCCAAGUGUUGCAGCUCCACUUAUGGCUGGCGACCUAGAUGACGGUCUUAUGUCGAGGGCCAGGGAUACCGGCAAAUUCUUAUAUAAAUACUUGGAGCCGCAGGAACGCGUCGAGAAAAUCAACACCAUGAUGGGAAAAUUGAAGAACGCGCUAGACGCUGAAACUACCUCAAGAUUAGAACUGUCCCAGAACGGAGACGCGGAUAGCAUGAAACUGAUCGCGCAGAGCGACCUGCGAGUACAGGCACUAAGCGUGCUGUUGUUGCACUACUGCGCCGGCUUACAACACGCGCAGGAGAUGGUGGACCGACCACAAAGCAAGGAAUCUUAACAGGCAUUCAAUUAAUAUGACAGCUUUAAGAAAAAAACGCAUUUUCUCCCAUUUCUCUAU